GUUCCUCUCUUUCUCUUUCCGAUCCAUCUUUUCUUCAACUUCUUUCUCCCAAUCGAUGACUUCUCGCCUGACGACUCUGUAUUAGGGUUUUGAUUUCUCGAAGGAAGUACUAUCAUAAUAAUGAAGAGUGUGGUUUUAUUGACGGUUUGUAAUUAUUGUUGCUUUUGGAGAAUGUGUUCGGGUUUGAUUCUGAAGAAUUCUGAUUUUGUGGAUUUAGGGAAUGUUUUGAUUGUUAAACAGUCCGGAAAUAUUUGACUGGGUUUUUUCAGGAUGCUAGAUCGGAAUUGAGGAAGUUUUUAGGUAAUUUCUAUGAUACGAGUAGAACUUGGAAGUGAAUUGAAUCAGGGUCAUGGUUGUAUGGAUUUGGGCAAAAAAUUAUUUGAGGAAAGAGAUGGAAUAAUUGUUGUGGAAUCGGUUGGGUGUCUUCCGCUUCAUUGCUGAUUCUCGUUGGCAAAAUCUUUGUUGAUUAGAACAAGAAGUUGCAGCUGACAGGGUGCUCCAUUAAUAUAUAGAUGUGUUGUUUAUUUAUGAACAAGUUGUUUAUUCUGCUCUAUAUUCUUGGUCUCAUCUUCAGUGGCCUUCCUUCCAGUCAUGGAGACAUGAUUGAUAGCAAAGUUUUGAAUGUUGGCAAGGAGCUAUGGAAGGAAACUCUACAACUACAAAUGGGUUCUUGCCUUUAUCAAUUGCAAGGGCUCAAAUCAUAUACGUGGUAUGAAGUGAAGAUAUCAUGUCCAGCUUCUAUACCUGCCAGCUUUUCUAUACAACUGAAGAGAGGCAAUUCAGAUUUGGGGCUGAACCGGAAGAGGAGAUUACUUAAUACUGAAAAGUUAAUUUUCAAAACUGAUAAUCUUGACUUAUUUAGCAUUCAGGAUGGAAUGUAUGUUCUGGUCACUGUGGAGCCUGCUGGAGUUGUGGCAAUACCACACACAAGGGAGAGGGAACUGGUCAUUUUCAAUAUAGUUUGUGAUGAGUUACUGCUAGGCAUACCGCACAAAGCUUGGUGGGUUGGAUUCUUAAUAUUGCUUUGUUUGGGAUCGGCAUUAAUCAUUCCACACUUUCUUCCACCAUAUCUGCUUCAGAAGAAUCACGGUCCACAGUCGGCUAAUCAGGUGCUUUCGAAGGAUUCUUGAGCUUGAUCCUGAAUUACUGGUAAAGAUUGCCUCCUUUAUCCUAGCUGUGAUACCAAUACCGAAAUUGUUGCUAAUCACACAAUGCUGCAGCAGCUUACACCAAUCUCAUCAUCUUCUUGCUUCUGGCUGCUCUAAUUGGUCUCCUAACCUGAUCUUCACUUAGUCAAGUUUUACGGUCCAACCCCAUUGUUAGAUUAGGCAAUUUGAGGCAAAUUUUUUCGGAUUGCUCCGAUGGCUUCUGAAACUAGUUGAAUAGAUAAUUCCAUGUAAUUUUGUAGGAUUAUAGAGUGCAAUUUGAAGCACACUGUUUUGUGGUUUCUCAGAUUAAAAUCUGCUUGUUUUGUAAGAUAGUCUAAUAGUUAUAUAGCCCAUAACUAUUUCCUUGAGCCCAUU